AUGGCGAUCCCUCUCGUGGAUUCCCAUGUUCACCUCUUUCCUGAAUCUCAUUUGUCCACGCUCGCCUGGCAUAAGCCCAAGCAUCCUUUAGCGUCGCAGCAUUGUCUUGACGAGUACCGCAGUGCAGGGCCGUUAUCAACCAACAUCUCUGGGCAUGCCGAGGAAACAUUUCUGCGGGGAUUCAUUUUCAUAGAAACCGAUCGGAUUUCCUCCGUGGACAAAAAUGAGAUUGGGAAAGGUUGGCUUCACGUGCUUGAUGAAAUCUCGCUCGCCACGAGGAUCAUAUCAGGUACGCCAGUGAAGGGGGACGGACAUCAAAAGGCAGAUAAUAAAUUGUGCCUUGGCUUUGUGCCUUGGGCCCCGAUCCCUGGUGGCGCGCGUCUCCUAGAAGAGUACUUCGCACAGGCUCGGCAACGGACUGAAACUGAGCGUGUCUGGAACCGACUUUGUGGAGCCCGGUAUCUGGUACAGCAUCGUCCAUCAGGUGUAAUGAUCCAUACUGGGUUCAUAGAUGGAGUAAAGUGGCUCGGGAGGCAGGAUCUCGCGUUCGACUUGACUCUUGAUACAAAAACAAGAGGGUUGUCUCAAUUGGAAGAAGCUCUUAAAAUGAUGCAAAUGGUCUAUGAUGGUGUGGAAACAAAUCAACAGACGGUCAUAAUCCUGGAUCACCUUUGUAAACCGAAUCUAAGCCUCCAAAGCACACCCGCAGAAAUCAUUACCGAGCCAGAUUUUACUGGAUGGAGAGACAAGAUUUCUGCUAUGGCGUGUUUCCCCAAGACAUACAUCAAGCUAUCCGGCGCUUUCUCAGAGCUUCGUCCACAGUUAUCUACUGCUGAACCAGACUACGAAAACAUUGUGCAGCGUCUUCAGCCGUGGACCGACGUCGUGUUUGAUUCAUUUGGUCCUGCAAGGAUCAUGUUUGGCUCGGAUUGGCCAGUAUGUAAUAUAGAAGGAGGGGGCAAUGGAGUUGCUUGGCUCCGCUGGAAGAAAAUAGUCGCUAUGAUUUUACAACGCAGAGGAUGUACAGAGCUCGAGAGAAAAGGGGUCUGGGGUACGGUCGCUCUUAAAGCUUAUAGCUUGGCC